UAAGAAAUAAAAUGUACACGUAACAUGGAUGGACCACUGAAUCACAUGACACAGGCAUGAGUGGACUUUUUCUGAAUAAUAUAAUUGUUCUUUCUUUGAGUCCAUACUAUAAUUGUUAAGUGAGUUAAGUUAAUGAAUGAUUUUUUUUAUUUAAGGAUUCAGAUUUGUGUUUGUUACACUGAGAUUAUUUGAUAGUAAGAGAAGAGGAGGAGAUAAUGGAAGCAAGUGGGGGUGUUAAUAACAAUAAGAAGGUGUGUGUAACUGGAGCAGGAGGGUUUGUAGCAUCAUGGCUUGUUAAACUUCUUCUUUCCAAAGGUUACUUUGUCCAUGGAACUGUUAGAGAGCCUGGUAGUCCGAAAUAUGAACACUUGCUGAAACUGGAAAAAGCUUCUGAGAACCUUACACUCUUCAAAGCAGAUAUCUUGGAUUACGAAUCAGUUUACUCGGCAAUUGUUGGAUGCAGUGCAGUUUUCCAUGUUGCUAGCCCUGUACCUUCAACAGUUGUACCUAAUCCUGAGCUUAAUCUGCAGGUGGAAGUGAUUGAGCCUGCAGUGAAGGGAACUGCUAAUGUACUUGAAGCUUGUCUCAAAGCUAAUGUGGAACGUGUCGUCUUUGUAUCAUCUGCAGCUGCUGUUGCUAUCAACCCUAAUUUACCAAAAGAUAAAGCGAUCGAUGAGUCUUGUUGGUCUGACAAAGACUACUGUAAAAAUACUCAGAACUGGUACUGUUAUGCCAAGACAGAAGCAGAAGAACAGGCCUUCAAUUUCGCGAAAAGAACUGGACUUAACGUGGUAACCAUUUGUCCUACUCUUGUUUUGGGACCAAUUUUACAGUCGACCACAAAUUCAAGUAGCUUGGCUCUCAUCAAAAUUUUAAAAGAAGGACACGACUCAUUGGAGAAUAAGCUCCGUUGGAUUGUUGACGUACGAGACGUAGUUAAUGCAAUACUUUUGGCUUAUGAGAAUCACAAGGCAGACGGGAGAUACAUCUGCACUUCACACACUAUCAACACACGAGAUUUGGUGGAGAGAUUGAAGAGUAUAUAUCCCAACUACAAGUACCCUACGAACUAUAUUGAGAUGGAUGAUUACAAAAUGCUGAGCUCAGAGAAACUGCAAAGUUUGGGUUGGAAAUUCAGGCCAUUGGAGGAAACACUCAUUGACUCUGUUGAGAGCUAUAAGGAGGCUGGACUACUUCAAUCAGCAUAAUUUUAGUUCUCCUAAAACCUAAAUAAAUGUGACUACUUGUUUAGCAUCUCCAUAUUAGAAUGGAUUUGUGAGCGUCUUUCAGUUUAUGUAUUUUCUUUUGUUUCUCAAACCAAUUAAUGAGUGCUUUUAAAUUUACAAUGUGUUACUAAA